AUGUCCACUCAGGAGGUUCCGGUAGAAACGCCUUUCCCCGACAUGAACAUUGACAAGCAACAUGGCCCUGUGCACGUUCACAGUGCGACCGCUACAAUCACCAGGAUCGCUAAGAGCCCACCGUCCAAGGGUUUCACCACGAAGGUCAUCAGGGUCGUGAUGUCAUGCACCGGCAACAUUGACACCGACACCAUUCUCAUCGAGAACUCCGAUAUCCUUCGCAUGUUUGUUGAGAAGGACGGAAAAAUAGUCAUCAGUUUCACGCAGCUUCCCAUGAUGAUACCGAUCUGGAAGUUGGAACCUGCUGGCCCAAUGCCGGACAACAUGGGUGAAGAGGACACCGACGAGGACCUCCAGAUGCGAAGGAAUGCUUGGAAAACCUGUCGACUUGUAUGGGGGCGCCAUGCGGGACUUGAAGAGCUGAACAGGCGAGCAGCUGUGACUAUGCGUGCGAUGCAGAAGCAGGACGAGCUUGCUGCUCAAGCUGAUAAUGAACCCGAUUUCUGGACGUCAACGAGCAGUAUACGUACCGCCGCCAUCGACGACGCCAACGACUCUACAACCAUCGACGACCCCACAGGGCACCCCACCGAGGCAUCACCAGAGGACGUCGAAGGGCAUUGGAGCGAUGCAGAGGAAGAGGUUGCGGGCCAGACUGCUGGCGACUCUACAUCGACCGGAACACGCAAGCCCGGGUCUGAAGACCUUGCAGCCUUGGUCCGGCGUCGCCAGGCCGAGAUCGAGGCUGCUCAGGCCACGGAGGCGGGCCCAUCGGAUUUCUUGGGCUCAUCCCGUUUGGAGGAUGAUAAUGAAGGAGAUGGAGAUCCUGAGCUCUUUGGUCUCUCGGGUAUAGAUGACGAGGGAGGUAUAGAGGGACAAGUCGAGAACCGGUCGGAAAAAGAGCCUGAAGAGGACAGCGAAGACUUCGAAGACAGCAGCGAAGAAGCCGACGAUGACAAAGAAGACGGAGACUUUGGGGAGUCUCUCCCUGUGAAGGGCAAGCGCUCGCAAGGUACCCUGAAGAAAGUCUCACGACCGUCUCAGAAGCAGCUUGGAAAGCGACCUGCCAAGCCCACUCCAGUUGAAGCCAAUACCCAGCCCCCCAAGUCAAAGCUUCGAAAGACUGGGGUUCCGAUCUGGCCGACGACUAUCAUCACCACUGGUACCGCCGGACCGAGUCUACGACAGGUUAUGGAAGAGAUGGGCCAGAUCCUGACGACAGACGCUGAGCGUCAAGAGUAUAUGCAUCUCGUGUGGACGCGUCGUCGAGCCGCCGAGGAAGACAAGGAUGCUACCGCCGAACAAGCAGUACUUCAUGACCUAGAGACCUUUGUGCGUAAUCACGGCAUCGUGGACUUGCACAACCGGUGGGCACGAUGGAUGGAGUCUGGCGUCAAGACUGCCAUGCCCAUGUAUAAACCGGCAGGAACUGGUGUGAUGGAUGCGGAGGAGCGGAAGACGAUGUUCGAGAGGAAGAAAAGGGUGCGUCGGGGCUAG